AUGGAUCUUAUUUCUCCGUCACAUCGCAUAGGCGAAGGUCUACUGCUGGACCCUGAUGAUCAUAAAAGCAACUUGACUAACCAACAUAUACUAGGCUACCCCAUCCUCGGCUCAGUACCUGAGGUGCCUGAGAAGAACGGUUUCAUCAAGUUCGCGGAUUGGGGCAAGCAAUAUGGCCCGAUCUAUCAAUGCGACCUGGCUGGCCAUAACCAUGUCUGGAUAUCUAGCGAUCAGAUUGCAAAGGACUUGCUUUCGAAAAAAGCGGCCAUCUACUCCGAUCGACCGCAUAUUCCCUCUUUGAUCGACGACAACCGUUCAAGCGCGCAAUAUCUUCCGCUUCUCAGUCGAAACGAGGGCCAUACUCGUCAACGAAAGUUUGCGAACAUCAUCAUGCGUGAAUCGGAAAAGGCUGCGUUCCAUCGAUACCCUGAAAUGGAAUCAACACGCAUGUUGGCCGAGCUACUGGACGCACCUGAUCAAUACAACAACAUCCUUGAGUCAUUCAUCUCUCGAGUCACCUGUCGACUGGCCUGGGGCCACAGCGAAGGUAGUGACGAGCUGAAGCAACGCGCACGCGAACUUCUCAUUGGUGUCUCGCCCACUGGUUCUCUGAGCAACAAGCUUCCAUUCCUCAUGUCACUGCCGGACUGGCUCUCCCCACCCAAGGCUUGGGAGAGGCGACGCGCGACCACUGAGCGAACAUGGUUCCAGACCAUGCAAGAACAAGUCGUGAACGAUGUGCAGUCUGGACAAGCAGCCCCAUCAUGGAUGAAAACCUUCCUGGAUGGUCGCAGCAAAUGGGGUUUCAAAUCCGAUACCGAAGGCGCAUACGCUGUUGGCAUGCACGGUAUCGCCGGAGCUCUCACUAUCGCCGCUCCAAUGCAGACGUUUUGUCUGGCCAUGACACACUAUCCACAGUUCUUGCCGAUGUUACACGAGGAACUCGAUCGUGUCUGUGGAGACAGGAUGCCACGUUCAGAAGAUAGACCCAAUCUUCCUUUCUUGCGAGCCAUCAUUCGCGAGUGCAUUCGAUGGCGCCCACCAGUCCCCACUGGCAUCCCCCACUACCUGAUCCAGGACGAUGAGUACAACGGCUAUCACAUUCCCAAGGGCAGUACCAUUCAUCCUUUGGAGUGGGCGAUCUCCCGCGACCCUGAUCUAUACCCAGAUCCAGAAACCUUCAACCCUCUUCGAUGGAUCAAACCAGAAUACCCCACCUACCAAGAGCCUCUUUCUCAAUAUCCAACUAUCAUCAACUCGACACAGUUCGGGUACGGCCGGAGGACUUGCACAGGGCAAGCCGUUGCAGAUGAGGAUCUACUGAUUGGCAUUGGCGCUAUUGCGUGGUUGUUCGACAUCAAGAAGUCAUCGGGCGAUUCCAUCAUCAUGCCGGCCAUGAGCCCCAUGAGGGCGGAACAUACGAUUGGCAUGAAUGAGAAGGCCACCGUGUCACAUGAGGAGCUCAACGCAGGUCUCAACACAACUGAGCCAACCAUGGCAGAAAAGAUCCUUGCCAAGUUCACAUACCCUGGAUCUAGGCCAACGAACGACGCAACACUGGAGAAGUCAAAGCCCGCUGAGCCGACUAGUCAGCCUCUGGAAUGGGGCGACAUCACCAAAAAGCCUGAAGACCCAACACUCGACUACUCCAUCCUGCUCAUCGCGAAGCCUAUUCCCUUCAAAUUUGAUCUCAAGCCCCGCGACACGGUGCGAAUAGACACGGUCCGCGACCUCUUCAGGGAAGGCGUCGAAAAAGGUGACUAUCCCGAAGCGAGGGGAUACUGGGGUGCAAACCAGGGACGUGAUAUGCCUUUGGGCUGGGCCAAAGUUUGA